AGAGAGGAAGGGAGAGUGAGAGAGAUGUCAGUGUUUUGACUGGGGGAUCUUAUGUUUUGAUUGACUGCAUAACAGCACUAGAUAGUGUAUUUUUAUUACAGAAAUGUUGUCAUUGAACUCUCUGCGAAUUGUGUGCUCGUCCCGGGCUGUGCUGCACCCGAAAUGGCUGAUGACGAACCGAUUGUCUGUUUCAAAAGCUGUUACAUGUUCAGCACACUGUACAUCUACCAGCUUCCCCAACAAGGACACAUGGCACUGCAACAUGAACGCACUGGUGAGGGAAAGAGGGCGAACUUACUACACUAAUCAAGCCAAUUCAUUAAGAAAUUACUGUACAGGUCAAGUCAAACAGAACUGCUGGAACUGUAAACAGCCUCUUGACAAAACGCCUGCAUUCUUCUGCAUGUCAUGCAAAGUAGUUCAGCCCCCUGAAGAGGGGUUAUCUUUCUUCAAGAUCAUGGAUUGUGACUACAAAUUCACAGUGGACACACAAAAGCUGCAGAAAACAUACUUGCAGCUCCAGAGGUCUCUACACCCAGACAACUUCAGCCAGAAUUCUGUGAAAGAGCAGGAGUAUUCAGAAAGCCAGUCGGCUCUUGUGAACAAAGCAUACAACACUCUGCUUAAGCCUUUGAGUCGCGGUCUUUAUAUGCUGGAGCUGGAGGGGAUGCGUAUAGAAGAGGGCACCGACUCUGGGGCCAAUUCAGAGUUUCUGAUGGAGCUGAUGGAAAUCAAUGAAGCUCUUGAUGAAGCACAGACUCCAGAAGAAGCCAACAAGAUUGGCCAAGACACAAAAGGAAAACUGGCAGACUUGAUAGAGCAGACAGACGCUGCCCUUCGUAAAGGAGAGCUUCAAACUGCCAAGGCACUGCUUGUCCAAAUGAAAUACCAUGCAAACAUUGAAGAGAAGGUGAAGGAAAAACUUGCUGAAUUCAUGUAGUUUACCCCCCAUUUUGUGUCACAUUAUUUAAUAUUUUUAGCCACUUUUGUACAGAAACACAAAUUAUUAUGCACCUGUAUGGAAUGAUGUAAAAUUACUGUUCAAGUUGAAUAAUAAAACUGCAUAAUACACCAAUGAAUUAAUGGUGAUUUGUACUUAAUCUGCUAUGUUUGAUUAACAGCUGUAUAGAUAUGAUGAUGUAAUUGGAUGCAUACAAUAUCUCCAUUGAAUUCCACUAAUUUCACAAAACUAAUCAUAUCCACUUGUACCUAAUGUAUCAAUAACGAUGACAGAGAUCUAUA